AUGUCGGAGCAGCAGAGAUCACCUCCACCAUCACUCGACAAGUCGUCCCCCGCCAAACGGGCAAAGAUUGACCAAGAGCCAGCGGCAGAAGCAACAGAGAUGUCCAGCAACACGCCAGCCCCGGCAGCGGAGGAAGCUCCCAAGGAAAGGGUCAUUGACGAGAACACCGACAUGUCUACCCUUACAGACCAGGAGAUCAUGAAGCUUAUGGAGCAGAUGGAUCAAGGGACUCAGGAUCCACUGAUCAGUACCCCUGUGCCCUUGGCAGUGAUCAGGGAGGAGUACCUGAAAGGAUCGCAGCAAGUCGUCAAGAAGCUGGACUAUCUGCAGGAGAAGGGGUGGGAUCAAGUAUGGAGAGCGCGUGGCGAUGGAGACUGUCUGUUCAGGGCGUUCACCCUGGCAUACUUGUUGAGGAUCCUGUACGCUCCAGACCCUGCAGUGGAAGCCAAUCUGGCUUUCGACGCGGUUCAGAGAGCGUUGCCUGCCAUGGAAGCUUGCGGCUUCCAGAAGGACAUUUACGAAGAGUUCUUGGAUCCCCUCAUCACCAUCCUCCGCGCCUUCUCCGAAGGUCUCGAUUCCACCGCCAACGAAUACUCCAUCAUCCAGACCCUUCAGUCCCCCGAACUGUCCAACUCUAUCGUCGUCUCCCUCCGACUCAUCACCUCCGCCUACAUCCGGACCCAUGCCGAUCUCUUCUCGCCCUUCCUCUUCUCCCCGGUGACAUUCGAGCCACUAUCGGCUGAGGAGUUCUGCAAACAGGAAGUCGAGCCGUGUGGUAAAGAAGCCGAUCAUGCUCAGAUCAUGGCGUUGAGUCAGGCUCUGAAGCAGGGCAUCAAGGUGGCGUACUUGGAUAGGAGUGAAGUCGGAGAUGGAAGCGUGAUCAAUUGGGUGGAGUUUGGGAAUGAUACUUCAGAGGAGUCAAGGCCCCUUACCCUGUUGUACCGUCCCGGUCAUUACGACGUUGUUACCAAAGACCAUCCACCCAAGUAG